AUGACAGCCCACAACGGCGGAAUCCCGCUUCUGGCCACAAAAAAAACCCGCCCAGAUGUGCGAUCCGGCGUCAUUAAUCAGCACCAGCGCCGCCCUCUUGUCCCGGGCUGCUAGUGAUGCCUCGAAGCCGCUCGGGCGGCGUCUUCUACCAUGACCGACUCGUCGUCCGGGCAGUGGAUCCUGGUGCUGUCGCUCACCGCCCUUCUGCUCUCGCUCGCCGUGCUCGCCCAGAUCGUCAGCCGCUACGCCCUGGCCUACCUGGAUGCCCCCAGCGAGGUGUCUGCCUUCCUCGAUGCCGUCGACAGCUCGAUCGCCGAGAACGAGUCCUAUGACCGCGACAUCGGAAAGGUCCAGCGCCUGGAGGACAAGCUCCGGCUCGGCCGGCUGCUGCGCGAGAUCCAGCGCGGAGGCGAUGACUUGCGUGAGGAGCUGAACGCCCUCUUGCUUGGGGACGACGACCCGCGGCUGCGCGUUGGUGCACGCCUAUGCUGGGCAAGCCACCGGCUCCGGCUGGAGGAAAAGGUGCGGCGCCUCGACCUUCUGAGGAUGCGCUUUCUCGUCGUCCACAUGAGCAUCAUUGCCGGCGUGGCGGCCCAGCAGACGGCGGCUAAGAAGGAUCUUGGCCCGCGCGACCCGGAGAAGACGGAGGACGCUCCCCUUACCCCGCGCCCUGGUGGCUUGCCGGCUGCUCUGGCCGACAGCAUCAAGGCGAAGCCUCCGCUGCGACGAUUGACAGUGCAAGCGAUUGGCCACCAAGAGAAUGUCGAGGGAAACCACCGCAAGGGCUGGGUCGGCGUGGUGCAGGAGCUGCAGAGGAGCCCCCUGUUACGAGAGAGACACGCGAGCAUCGAGCUGGCCAUGUCGCGAACACCGUGAGAGCGGCCCAACAUCCUUGCCUGCCUUCGGGGUGUCAAUGCACUGGUCGGCCGAUACCUGUCGUCUGUCCACGACAAACAUUCCUCACGAGAUAUGACCCUUGACGAUGCGACGAACUCACGUCCCUUAUGAAUGUAUGAACGAAUGCAUGAUCACGGCAUGGCGGUUGGCGCACAGGAGGAAGUCGAGCUGGUUGUUGGUUGGGACGAGUUACGUACGGCGUUUUGUCACAUCACGAGAUACCCCUUUUACG